AUGACCACAGAAUGCACCAACCUCGGGCUGGACUACUACCCCACGUCCAGUGGUCUAGAGCCCCAGAUGCCCGGCAUCGUGAGCAACUACGCCAAGUUCUACCAGGUCAAGUCGGGCGAUAGCUGUUGGUCGAUUGAAAAUGCUGCGGGUAUCACUCUUGCCCAGUUCCGCUCGUGGAACACGCAGAUUGACGAAAGCUGCACCAAUCUGUGGGUGGACUAUUACGUCUGCAUUGGGGUCUAA